AUGGCCUUCAUCCCCUCCGAGCAUGCGUUCCCUAUAAGAGUAAACGCCGUAGAACGCUUCAUCGACACCUCCGCCGCCGAAACCACCUUUUGGGAAGACGUCCGAGACGACCUGCAGCCCUGGACCCAUUCCAACCUCAACCCAGACCUUGCUCCCAUACGCGAAGGUUUCGGUUACGAAGUGCGACACUACUACAAGAGCCCGUCUGGCGAUGUUGAGAUAUUUCCAGGUGCCCAGGGUGUGAUUGUGGGUGUACCGCCGCCGGAUUGUGGUCAUGCUAGAGGCUAUGCAAAGGUCCAUGUUCCUGAACUCGACCAGGUCAAGAUCGUGCCGAUGGUCAUACUGCGGGCUGGCAAUGUUCACAUUGAGGAUCGCAAGUUGUACAACGAGAUCAUCAGUCGCCAAGGUAUACUCGCUUCGAAGAGUGGACAGCCGUUUGACCAGCUUGAUGUGGUUACUCAAGCGUACCUCCUGGCUAUGGCUGCGACCAACGUGGAGAAGUGUUAG